CCCCUACCCCAUCCCUCCACCCCCCUAUCUCUUUACAGGACUGCCAGCCCGUCUAGAGUUAUUCCAGGAAUGCGUUGAACAUGGCUGCCGCGAUGAAGGCGCAGAAAACGGGACUGCUGGAACUUCGAGUGACCGUGGACCGCUGGAUCCGAGUGUUGGCCACACUUACCGAGGACACGCUCACGUUAAACCCCGGGGAGGGUGCCGAGGAGCCCGCGAAGCCGAACCCGAAUCCCGCCGGUGCUAUCAACGGAGACCCCCCGAACCUAAGCUCGUCCCCGGUCCCGGAAACCAUCACCAACGUGAAGCGCACCGUGCGAGUUACCAAGCAAGAUGUUGGAGGACUCGGAAUCAGUAUCAAAGGCGGGAAGGAGAACAAGAUGCCAAUCCUCAUCUCCAAGAUUUUUAAGGGCCUGGCUGCGGACCAGACUGAAGCACUGUAUGUCGGUGAUGCCAUAUUGUCUGUCAAUGGUUAUGACUUACGGGAGGCCACACACGAUGAGGCUGUGCAAGCGCUGAAGAAAACUGGCAAAGAAGUCAUCCUUGAAGUGAAAUACAUCAAGGAGAUGUCGGCCUUCUUUAAAAGCUCGGGGUCCCCUGGGGCUGCCCUCCCCUGGGACUCUCCCCCCUCCACACCUCAGAGGGGUACUGAGCUCUCACCCGCUGAGGUGAAGGAGCCCCGCAGCAUCCCACUGAAGAUGUGCCAGGUGACACGAAAACAGUGCCCCCCGGACACAGAAAACAGGUAUUUCGAGGUGAUUUCAUCCAGCAGAAAGAACUCUGUGUUCCUGCGAGCAAAAGACCCAGCCAUGGCCCAGUCCUGGUACAAUGCCAUCCAGGCUGGCGCUGCCAACCUUUUACCCCGAGUGAAGGAGGAGAUGAAGACCAUGCAACCUGGCAUGGAGGUCAAACAUCUGGGCUGGAUUACAGAGCAGGUGACCCAGGGUCCAGAGAGACCAGUACUGGCUGUGUUGACUGACAGAGACCUGCUCCUGUACCCGUCUUUGCCUGAAAGCAAAGAGAUCCUCAACAGCCCCACCAAGAGUCACCCGCUCAUUGCUACCAGAUUGGUCCACUCUGGCCCAGGAAAAAGUUCUCCUCUCCUGGACUCUGACCUCUCAUUUGGCCUGCGUUCAGGCACUAAGCAAGGCGUGGAGACCCAUGUGUUCAGGGUGGAUUUGGCCAAGGAGCUUUCCACCUGGACUCAUCUGCUGGUGGAGGGUUGCCACAAUGCUGCUGAGCUCAUCAAGGAGGUCACCACGGCCUGUAGUUGGAAUGGGAAGGAGUGUACCCUGGGAGUGCACAUUGAUGAGGGUUUCACACUAUUCACAGAAGAAAUGGGUGUCAGGAAAAGUAUCCUGCUCCAGCAGCCCUUCGAGCGCCUAAGAAUGUCCUCAGACGAUGGAGUUCGCAUGAUGUUCCUUGACUUUGGAGGCCCGGAGGCCGAGAUUCAACUGGACCUCCACUGUUGUCCCAAGACCAUAGUCUUCAUCAUCCACUCUUUCCUGUCUGCUAAGGUCAAGCGACUUGGCCUCCUGGCAUGAUGAUGGCCAACCAUCCAAUACAUCAGCAAUAGGAAUAUUCAAUAAAACACACAGCCCAGAAGACUCUGAAAGACCAGAUGUGGCCCAGAAAAAGAUGCUGACUAACCCUUUCUUUUCAGUCUUCCUAGGCCUCUAAUAUUAUCAGCUCUGGUCAGGCACCCCCCUGGUUUUUCUUGGGGAAUGAAGAGAAAACUACAGCAUUGAUGGACCUUUGUUGAACUCAUAGUUGUAAGGUAAAGAGAGGUUUUACAGAUGGUGUAGCAGCCAUUUAAGGGAUCGGACACCUGUCAGAUAUGUUACGAUAGGUCAUGACACUUUAUGAUGACAAACUGUGUGAAUACGACAGCCUGCAUCUUAAUGUUUCUAAGCUUGAAGUCCCAACAGUUUUAUGUUUUUUUGCCCCAUUGUUCAGUUUUAUUUUGUUUAAUGAGUCACGGCAGGCCUUUGUCACGAGCAUCCUUUCAUCUUUCAAUCUUUGCUUUAUGUGCUGUGAGCAGUCAUAACACAAGUUGUUUCACAAAUGUCCUGAUUGAUGUUGGACAAACAUUUUCUUUUAUAAAGGCAGCUUCAGUGGAGUGACGGAAUGACAUGACUGAUCACUACAUGAUCAAUAGUUUGUACUGAACAAUGUACAGAACACCACUAUAAUGAUAUGUUUUUAAUGUGGACUUCCCAAUGCCAAAUAAUAUAUAUUUUUCAUUGCAGCUAAAUUUGUUCUUAUUUUAUUUUCAUCUCCCGCCCUGUUUUAAGCUUACAAUACACGGCCUAACAAAAAAUGACUAACAGAGUAUAUUGUGAAAGACAUUUUUAAAAUUGUGUUUUAUUUUAACCAAUAAAAUCGAUACAAACUUGUAAUGUUCCUAACAAAAAAAGCCACCUAUCUUAACAAGAGCUGUUUUCCUACCAGCAAAGGCUUUCCCGUAAUCAUGUAUUGAUAGAUGACAAGCAGUUGGCUGAAAGAGUGCCAGUCCAGCUAAGCUACUUCUGUAUGGAUAAGCUACAAGUACAGAGUUCAGCUCUUUAUUAAACGUAUUAUAUAGUACAGUGUUUUUUUCUGUACUUCAUAAUUUAAUCACCAGAGUGGACAAACAGGCUUCAUCAGAAAUCACUGAUGUUGCAUUUUUACACAGCUUGUCCAACAUUUUAAUAUUUUAAUUUACCAUAUAAAAGAUGUUGAGUUGUUUACAUCAUAAAUUGUUUGAUUGUUUUUUUUCUUUAUUAUUUGUGUCAGCUGAACAUCCACAACUUGGGGCCUUCUCUCUGUGACCCACACUAAACAGACUUGUAUUAAUAUAUAUUUCAAAACUAAACCUUGUUUGCUUUCAAAAAAUAAAAUGUAUUGUAUAUUCUUAUUUAAACAAAGGUGUGCCUUGCAGGGUUGUUUGUAUAUAAACAUGUAAUAAACUUUGUUAACUUUUA